AUGAAGCAUGAAAGAAGUCAUACUGAAGAGCAACCCUCUGAGAUUUUUCAGUAUGGGCAAGCCUUUUCAUUUCAGAGUCAUAACCUAAGACGAGAAAGAAUUCAUACUGGAGAGAAACCCUAUGAAGGUGUCCAACAUUUUGAAGCCUUUGCAUAUCACAGUAGUCUCCAAAUACAUAAAACAAGAGUUGAUGGAGAGAAAACCUAUGAGUGUAACCAUUGUGGUAAAGAUUUUGUAUCUUACAGCUAUCGUCAAACCCAUCAAAGAGUACAUACUGGACGGAAAGGUUUUGAAUGUAACCAUUGUGAGAAGGCUUAUGAAUGUAGCCAAUGUGGCAAACACUUCUCACAUCCACAUGGUUUGGUAUGUCACAAAAGUUUACACACAAGAGAGAAACCUCAUGUGUGUCAUCAGUGUGGUAAAGCCUUUCUAUCUAAAAGUCAUCUUCAAAUACAUAGAAGAACACAUACUGGAGAGAAACCUUUUGAAUGUAACCAAUGUGGUAAAGCCUUUACACAAAGUAGUAAUCUUCUAAGACAUAAAAGAACACAUACUAGAGAGAAACCUUUUGAAUGUAAUGUAUGUGGUAAAGCCUUUGCUCGAAACAGUCAUCUCCUAACACAUAAAAGCAUACAUACUGGAGAGAAACCUUUUGAAUGUAACCAAUGUGGUAAAGCCUUUGCAAGAAACUAUCAUCUCCUAAGACAUAAAAGAAUACAUACUGGAGAGAAACCUUUUGAAUGUAUACAAUGUGGUAAAGCCUUUACACAAAAUAGUACUCUUAUAACACAUAAAAGAAUACAUACUAGAGAGAAACCUUUUGAAUGUAACCAGUGUGGUAAAGCCUUUGCACAAAACUGUGAGCUCCAAAUACAUAAAAGAAAACAUACUGGAGAGAAACCCUAUGAAUGUCAUGAAUGUGGCAAAACUUUUUCAAGUCCAUCUGGAUUCACAUAUCAUAAAAGAAGACAUAGUUCAUACAGGAGAGAAAUCUUUUCCAUGAGCCCAUGA